AUGGAGUUUGACCCAAGGGUGAUAUGCCAUUUAUUGGCAAAUUAUGGUGUGAGCGUGAAUCGCUCCGGUUCUUACAGUUUUGGCAUAGAUUACUCUGGUCAUCAUGGCGCUAGCGUCAAUUGCUCUAGCCGAGCAAUUGACUUGGGUGACAUGCUCGACAUCGACCUUGCAGUCAUAGAGCACAGGCUGCAGGUCGACCCCAACCACCGACGUGUGAAACAGAAAAAAAGGAGCUUCGCGAUGGAGCCGAUCAAAAUAAUCGAUGAGGAAGUGAUGAAGCUGGUGCAAGCCAAAUUCAUCAUGGAGGUAGACUACUCGGAGUGGCUGAGCAACAUGGUUCUAGUAAGGAAGUCGAACGAAAAAUGGCGCACUCGCAUAGACUUCACUGACCUGAACAAGGCGUUCCCAAAAGACAGCUUCCCUCUUCCCCGAAUCGACCAGCUAGUGCUCGCUGAUUUUACAACAGAAAGGCUCUCCGAGUCAUCCACUAAGUUAGACGUAUGGACACUACAUGUUGAUGGGUCGUCUAACACUGCUGGAGGGGGAGCUGGAUUCAUCCUUUCAUCCCCGAACGGCAGUGAAACUCUUUUCGCACUAAAGCUGGAGUUCAUAGCAACCAACAACGAUGUAGAGUAUGAAGCUUUGUUAGCGGGCCUACGCUUGGCAGAAGCAUUAAGGGUGGCACAUAUCAAGGCCCAAGAAUACGCGAAAGCAUUCGUUCAAUUCGAUAUAGAACACGUACCAAGGGCAAAGAACAAAAAGGCCGACGCACUCAAGAAAUUAGCCUCAACAACCGGUUCGGAAUGGAAAGACGUUAUUUAUCUAGAGCGGAUAGGGAAACCGUCAUAUGAGGAGGACAGAAUUAACUCAGUGGAGUUCGAAAUCAGCAAGGAUGAUUGGAGGGCGUCUUUAUUCCUAUACCUUCAGGACGGAUCCCUACCAGAGGACAACAAGGAAGCUCUGAAAGUGAGAAGGAAAGCAGCAAGAUAUACGCUGAUAGGCCGGGAGCUGUACAGACGAUCUCUAACAUUGCCUUACCUUCGUUGUCUAAACAAUGAGGAAGGAAAAUACGUACUAAGGAAAAUCCACGAAGGAGUAAGCGGAAACCACCUUGCCAGUAGGGCCCUAGCCCACAAGGCCAUGCGAAAGUUUCUGUUGGUAGCAAUAGAUUAUUUCACUAAGUGGGUAGAGGUAAAACCUUUAGCCACCAUAAUAGAGUGGAACAUUACACGCUUCGUGUGGAAAUCAGUGGUUUUCCAUUUCGAAAUCCCCUGGGUGAUAGUUACAGGCCAUGGGAGGCAGUUCGACAAUGAGCACUUCAAAAAGUUCUAUUCGGAUCUAUCUAUUAAGCUCUUCUUCACGUCAAUGGUGCACCCCCAGAGCAAUGGACAGGUAGAGAACAAGAACCAGAUGAUACUACACGGACUGAGGACGCGACUCGAAUCUAUGCAAGGUAGAUGGGCAGAGGAACUCCCUUCCCUCAUAUGGGCAUACCACACCACCAAGAGAGCGGCAACAGGGGAAACCCCUUUCAUGCUUGUCUUUGGUGCAGAAGCAGUCAUCCUAGCAGAGGUAGGGAUACCCUCCUGGCGAAGGCAAUACUUUAACGAGCAGACCAACAACGAAGAGCUCAGAUCAGAAAUAGACUUCCUGGAAGAGAGACAGGAUCAGGCGAGUUUAAAAGUUGCAGUGUACUAG